ACUGGUCUGAACAAGCUCCUCUCUCCUCCAACCCCAGGAACCAAGUCCAACCCCGCAGGAAGGAAGUGCUCAUCACAAGACCCAACUGCCACUCCUGGCAGGAAGGAAGUUCUAGUCACAAGACCCAACUGCUACUCCCAGUUGGCCCCUUCCCCCUCAAACUGUCAGUCUUGUUUCCUUUCCACACAUUUUAUUUCUCUUUCCCACUUGCUUUUCUCACUCUUCUGAAGGCUUAUCUUUAUUUUUGGGCACAGUGGACCCCUGCCCCUGGCCAACUUAGCUUGUGUCUUAUAUCCAUAUUUCCCACCAGACAAUCAGGGAAAUACAUAGCACCAAACCCCUUCCUUGGCUGCCUUCAUUGUAGAGAUGGGGGUGGGGAUGCUCAAAUGAAGUAGAGAGAACUAUCCUUUAGCAGGUAUAUGGUAGAUCUUAGGAUGGGGAUCCUUCCUUCCAGUGAAAAUCCAUUAAGCUAAAGCCCCCACAUCUGAAUGCUCAGUUAUUUUCUUUCAUAGUGUAUUCCUCCUUAUAAGAAUAGGAAAAAUUAGCUAGUCCUCAGGAAGUCCAACCAGUGGUAUAUACUGAAUGAUUCAUCUGUUUGUUAAUCUUUUACUGGCUCCCAGAUCCCAGUCAUGUGCCUACUCAUUGUUUUCCCAGAGUGAAUAGCCUCAAGAAAAUCCUGAAACUGGAUCUUUAGAAAGGGGAGGGAGAUGGUCGGAAGUGCCAGAGGCCCACAUUGCACCACUCCUUUGGGAUUAUGGAGGUAUAUAUGGUCCUGGACAGACUGGAUUGCAGUCAUACCUGCACCAUGAAGUUAGUCGCAGUCUUCACACUGUUCAGUGGCAUUGCCAUGUUGUUGCAGUCUUCAGUGGACUGUAAACUAUGCUCUCCUGUGGCAAAGGAUGUCCAACAAUUUAUUCUUGGAUCAAAAGAAAAUUAUAUAAGUAUAAUUAAAAAAUACACAGAUAACCAGAAAAUCAUAGAAAAUGCAGAAAUUCUGAAAUCCUGUGUGGAUUCAACACUGACACAAGAAGAGAAGUUUGCUGCUUUCGAAUUUGUGAAGAGAGUGAACCAGAGUAUUCUCUGUAGAUGAAAACCACACAACACUUCAAAUGACUGAAUGCAAGGCCUUAUCUUGACUCUUCACACUUGGCCACUGGCUGUUGAAGAUUCUGAAUCAAUAGUGCUUCUCCUCACCUGUGCUCCUUUCUCCUCAGCCCAGUGCAGAGUUGGCAGCUGACUUAAUCUCUUUAAUAAACUCCCUGCAUUUCAA